UAUGGUCAAAGCCUCCAUGCCUAAUGAUCAACCAUAUAUAAGAACCCUUUACAUACACAAAUAAGCAGAUUACAUAUAUAUUUACAGCAAGCCGGCCUCGUGGGACGGAAAUAAAGGAGCCGGCGAUGCAGGCCAUGCGGCUGCGCACCCUCAUGCUCUGUGAGGAACUCUCACUUCCUUCGUUUCAAGUUAUAGUGGUAAACGCAGAUGUGGGAUGUGACCAUUGUCAAGACAGAGUCUCUAAGAUUGUCUCCAAGAUGAACGGAAUAGAAGAAUAUGUGGUUGAUGUCAAGAACAAGCAGGUCAUGGCACGAGGUAACUUUAAACCACGUUUGGUUUCUCAUCAACAAGUGAAGAACGUCACCUCUCAAACUCUCUCCCAGAACGCCAAACGCUUUUUCCGACCACUUAACCUCUUCCUUCGCUCAAUAUUCUCCAUUUGUUUAUGUCCAAAUACACUUUAAAUUCUAUCACUUACUGCCAAACUCAUUACACUAAUCAAUAGUGGUACAAAUCAAUUAAUAUCAUUGCAGGGUGAUGGUAUGUAACACACAUAGUUCACAUGGUCAAUGUUUAAUUUAUAUUUUUUGGGUUAACCUUU